AUGGACGAUGAAGUCCGGACCACGGUUCGAGAAACCUUGACUAACUACUUCAAGGAAAACACCCAUCCAGACACUGGCCGGACUACUAUAUGGGAGGCCCACAAGAGUGUGAUCCGAGGGGUUCUCAUCUCCAUAGGAGCGCACAAGAAGAAAGUCGGGGCGGAACGAAUACGGAACAUCCUGGACGGGAUUGCGACCGUGGAACUACGUCACAAACUAAACUUCAGCGACUUAGACCUACGUGAGCUCCUCGCGCUUAGGAAGGACCUGGCAACACUCAUCACUCAACAACACUUCUCCAUGCUACAAAAAUCCAGGCGAUUCUUUUACGAACAUUCCAAUAAGUGUGGGCGCCUUCUGGCAAAAAUGCUCAAAAAACGUCGAGGGAGGUUCCACAUACAUAAACUCCGCGUAGGGCCCACACGUCACUCCGAACAUCCGCCUGAAAUGGCAGAACUAUUCCACGCCUACUACACGGAGCUCUAUAAUAUCUCCGAAGUUGCGGUACCGGCACUCCAUCUCCAGACAGCUUGGAGGAGAUGGAGGCGUACCUCUCGACCCACGUACACAAGAAAAUCUCACUGGAUGUGGCAUCCACUCUAG